AUGAACAGACAAGUUUGCAAGAAAUCCAUCAGUGGAGGGAGCCAGGGCUUCUCCGUCUGCUUUGCCGUGGUCCCCAGCAGCAGCACCAGGAUGAGCUGUGUGGCCCGCUCUGGAGGAGCUGGCAGGGGGGUCUGUGGGUCCCGGAGCAGAGCAGGCGGCUUUGGCAGUCGCAGCCUCUACAACCUGGGUGGCAGUAACAUCUCCGUCAGCGUGGCUGGCGGCUCCCGGGCUGGUGGCUUUGGGGGAGCACGCAGCAGCUGUGUCAGUGGCUAUGGAGGUGGUUAUGGAGGUGGCAUUUGUGGAGUUAGAGGAAUGGGCAGUGGUUAUGGAGGGGUUGGUGGUUUUGGAGGGACUAGUAGCUUUGGUGGGCCUGGUGGCUAUGGCUCUAGUGUCUGCCCUGGGGGAAUCAACCAGAGCCUCCUGCAGCCCCUCAAUGUGGAGAUCGACCCCCAGGUUGGGCAAGUAAAGGCCCAGGAGCAGGAGCAGAUCAAGACCCUCAACAACAAGCUCGCCUCCUUCAUUGACAAGGUGAGGUUCCUGGAACAGCAGAACAAGGUCCUGGAAACCAAGUGGGACCUGCUCCAGCAGCGGACUGCGGGCUUGGCCUCCAGCUUGGGCUCCAGAGGCCUGGAGACUUUAUUUGAAAGCUACAUUAACUGCCUGCACAGGCAAUUGGAUUCGGCUCUGGUGGAGAAGGGGACUCUGGAAGGAGAGUUAAGGAACAUGCAGGACCUGGUGGAAGACUUCAGAAAGAAGUAUGAAGAUGAGAUCAACAAGCGUACUGCUGCAGAGAAUGAGUUUGUUGGGCUCAAGAAGGACGUGGAUUCAGCCUUCAUGAACAAGGUGGAGCUUCAGGCUAAGGUGGACAGCCUGACAGAUGAACUCAACUUCCUGAGGACCAUCUAUGAGACAGAAUUGAUCCAGAUGCAGAAUCACCUUAAUGACAUGUCUGUGGUCCUGUCCAUGGACAACAACCACUGCCUGGACCUGGACAGCAUCAUCAAUGAGGUCAAGGCCCAGUAUGAGGACAUUGCCCAGAAGAGCAAGGCCGAAGCCAAAGUGCUGUACACGACCAAGCUUGGAGAGCUGGAGAACAAGGCUGGCAGGCAUGGGGACGACCUGAAGAGCACCAAGAUUGAGAUCAUGGAGCUCAACCAGAUGAUCCCAAGGCUGCGGGCUGAGAUUGAGAAUUUCAAGAAGCAGAAUGCCAACCUGCAGAACGCUAUUGCUGAUGCUGAGCAGCGUGGGGAGCUGGCCCUCAAGGAUGCCGACACCAAGCUCCAAGAACAGCAGGAUGCCCUUCAGCAGGCCAAGGAUGACCUGGCCGGGCUGGUGCAUGACUACCAGGAGUUGAUGAACAUCAAAUUGGCCCUGGAUGGGGAGAUCGCUACCUACCGCAAGCUGCUGGAGAGUGAGGAGUGCAGGAUGUCUGGAGAGUGUCAGAGCGCUGUGUGCAUUUCGGUGGUCAGCAACGUCACCAGCACAGACACCAGCCCUGGUGGAGGCCGUGCGGGAUUUGGAGGGGUCACCCGUGGCAGUGGCGGUGGCUACAGAGGUGGCGGCGGCAGCGGCAGAAGAGGCAGCAACAGAGGCAACAGCGGCAGCUACGGAGGAGUCGGCGGUGGCAGCGUUGGGGGCAGAGGCAGCGGCGGGGGCUGCCAGGCCUACAGCAAUGGGAGCAGUGGCUCUGGGAAACAGAGCGGCAUCCAGAGCUUGGGAAGCACUGGCUACAAGUCUGGCGGUGGGGGCGGCACCACCAUCUGCUUCACUCAGACCACCAGCUCAAACCAGCUUUGCAAGUGA